CUGCUGACAGGUAGUCUUCAAUUUUUUGGUUAGGUUACUUUUAUUUUUUGGGGCGCGUCUUUCCGGGAUCCCCCGUAGUAAACGUUUGUAGAAAUUUGUAACUUUUUAUUAUUUUGUGAUUCUGCAGUCUUCUUAAAUAUGUUCGACUCAUUUCAGGAUGUGUUAUUAACAAUUAAUAUUGCUCAUAAGAACCGUGAAAUUUAUCUUCAAUUGUACAACCAUGAUACCGUUGGGGAUUUAAAAAGUGAAAUUUUUAAUAAAGUGAAUGUCCCUCCUUCGAGACAAGUCAUAGAUUGUUGGUGGAUAAAUCCCGAGAGUGAAAAUGAUAUUUUAGGUGCAUGUUGCGAUUACCACAUAAAUUAUUUAGUUAUGUAUGACUCAGAGGAUUUGAGAGAAAACGACGUAGAAAUGGCCGAUGAAGCGGUAGAUCAUCUCAAAGAAUUUGAGCAUUCAGCUGCUAUAGAUUUUAUUGAUUAUUUUUCAACUAAUUUUGAUGAUAAAGGAAUAACGUUUCACGUGUGUUGCUUAGAGGAUGCCAUAAAGGAAGCUUGUUUUACGUCCAUAGACAAACGAAAUGUUUUGCUACUAUACUUCCAUAACAAAAAUGAAACAUUUUCAAAAAUAUUUUCUGAAAAUUUAGUCACAYCAGAGGUGAAAGAAUUAAUAAGUACACGAUUUUUCUUACUGGGUUGGAAUUUAGAAGAACAAAGUUACCAUUCAGCAUUAAUUGAAGCUUUAAAUAAUCGCAGUGAAUUGUCAGCUCUUGUAAAUUUCAUAAAAUCGAAAACUUGCGCUGCCUUAUUAAUAGUGCCUAUCAAGAAUUCUUUCACUUUAUUUUCAUGUAUGAAAAACAAAGUGUCAAAGAAAGAUUUUUUGGAAACUUUAAAAAGGGCGAAAGAGUUCCUAGUCACAGAAAAUGACAUAGAGAAGGAUCUUGAAAAAAUUGRAGACUCUGUAAACGAUUUUGGUUCAGYAAAUUAUCAACAACUCAUGUUAGAUGGACUUGGAGACCGWGAUUACGACAAUUAUGACCAUUUUGAACUUGAUUUAUUAAAACARAAAAUUGGGUAUGCUUUAUAUGGACCUCCAGCUGAAGAAAAGGGCUAUGAUAAGAAACAAAUGAAAAAAAUUAACUCUCUAUGCGAGGUUAUUGUGAAGGAAAACAAUUGUUUUGCAAAAUGGACCGACCGUGUUGUACUCUCCAUCAUUUACAACUGCACCGAGCCCCUUCCUAGUGUAAAACAAAAACGUAAGAAAAAGUAUGAAGAUUACAAUCCCAACACCGACCUCACUCCCAUCCCAAUUUUCAUCUUACGCARAUGUAAAAACAGCGAAAAUCCCUGUCGCGUUAUAAUCGACGACGGUGGACGAGUUUAUAAAACCUGGAAUUCCUAUUUGACGAAAAACAAACUACCCGAAUGUGAAAUGAUUCUUCCACUCAACGGUCGUUAUCAAGCCGACGAAAAUGGCAGAGUUAUCCUCGAGCGCCACCUUUCGCCGGUUUGCGGAGUUGGCUACAAGAUUCUCCUAGGGACUGACAUAGCAAACACAGCCGCUGGGAUUAUAUCAGGGGGGAUUUUCAUCGCUGCUGCCAUUCCUGCAAUCACUGUAGCCCCCGUGGCUCUGGUGGCUGCAGGGGCGACAGGACUUGGCGUGGGGCUGUAUUCGUUGGGGCGCAGCGCUUAUACACUUUACGACAGAAAGACACAUAAGGAGACUAUGAGUUUUGCCAAUUCUGAGGCAAGAGGGGCGUAUUUGAAUAUCGUGGCGGGAUCUUUGGGCUUCGUGGGGGCGGGAGCAAACAUCGCCAUUACUCAACUAGCCGCCAAGGGGUUCAACAUUGGCCAGGGCGCCACAGUAACGGUCAACAUGAUAAACGUGGCGAAUAUUGGCGCUAGUGGCGUUAGCGUUGCCAAUUCAGKUUAUGAUGUUUUCGACCAAUGGUGGAGCGAGAACCAGGCGCCAUCUAUGUUGACGAUAAUUCAACUCAGUUCCUCGAUUCUGUUCUUUGGCCACGCUGUGUAUAGUUUCAAGUCGGUGGGGGCGAUGGUUGAAGAGUCUCAAGCGCGAACUUUGAAAGACUAUCAAGACUCUCUACGCAGCAAUAGACACAGGAAAACUUUCAAUAAAAUGAUGAAGGAGACUAUCAGACAGAACAAYGGCAAUGUUCAGAAAGGCCAAGCCGAAGUGAUCAAAACUGUGAUCAAUAUCCAGAACAAAGAUGAAGUUUUCGCGACUUUGACCAGACUUAAUAAACAAAUGAAUAAAAACAAUGUGAAAUUUUCGGCCAAUAAUGGCGAAAUUACGCUAAAUGGCGUCACUUUAGACAUGGCUAAGUUCAACACUAUGGAUUCUAAUGAGGUGGCAACAUUUUUAACAACUCUUCCAAACACACCCGAACCAUCACAAGUUGAAGUCCAAGCGAUGACUUCUAAAUUACAGCUCUCAUUCCCUGAAGUUAACACACAAGAAAUCGCCAAUUUGGCCUUCCAUAUUUUGCAAAUAUUCWGCAAAACCGACGAAAAUAUUAAAGAGAAAAUAAUCAACGCAGUUGCUGCAGUAAUUUCGAGAUUACUAAAGGUAUCCMCAGGAUGUUUUAACGAAUUAGCUCGUAUGUUUCCCGGUCUUGAAAAGUACCUAAGAUUAGUGUCGAUGGUUAAUAGUCAUUUCCAACAAUUGAUCAAUGCAAUGGAAGAGAAGUAUAAGAAGUGGUUAGUUACCAAAGAUCCAAAUUUURAAGAACCGAUUUUUGCCAAGUUGGCAUUCGAUUAUUCGAGACGAGUAAUUCAGUUGUUUGAUUUCGUCACGGAAGCAUACUUUGUUGGGAAAAAUGCUACUGAAUCCGGAUUAAGAGAGUUAAUUAAGUAUUUUUAUACCUGGUUUGCGAAACAAGCAAUCGAGUAUGACGAACAUAUGAAUAGKAAGCAAGAAAGAAGAAUUCAUAGUGGAACGCCCAAAUCCGAAACGACAUGUCCAGAUUGUGGCGGAGUUUACUAUCAUUAAAACUGUAUUUGAAGGCUUAUCAAAGCACAAAACCAAACAUAUCCAAAGCUUUAGAAUCUAUAGUAGUUAUACAAUAUAGUAUUUAAUGAAUAUUUUUAGAAAUCAUUUUUGCAACGAGAUUUUCUCUUCCCGAUAGGUGCUAUUGUCUAAAUGAAAUUUAAUGCUAUUCUUACAAAACACUAAACGACUGUAUUUGAUAUUUUAACAYCAUUUUAAAAAUGUUAUUUACAUAGAUGUGCACUAAAUAAAUGUUAAAGUUUCACUA